AAGCCUGUAUCUCCCACUCCCCUUCAUCCAUUUGAUGACACUGUUUUAUAUGUUUCACAAAGUUCUUAAUUCUUCAGUCAUGAUAUUCUACAAAAUAGCUCAGAGAGUUGAAGAAAUGGAAAAGUCAGUGAUAGGGGAUACACGAAACUGGACAGAAGUUCAGGAAUUCACUCUGGAGGGCUUUCCUGCUGUCCAGAACCUUGGAAAGGUUCUCUUCCUGGUACAUCUGCUGGCAUACCUGGCCUCCAUCAUGGGAAAUACACUCAUAAUCACCAUUACCUGGACUGACCAUCGCCUCCAGACACCCAUGUACUUCUUCCUCCGCAGUUUCUCCUUUUUUGAAUGCUGUUUUAUAACCACUGUUAUUCCUAAAUUGUUGGCCAUCUUUCUGUCAGGGAGGCAAUCAAUUUCUUUUGUGGCUUGCUUCACACAAGCCUUUGUCUUUCUUUUCCUGGGAACAACUGUUUUCUUCCUUAUGGCGGUAUUAUCCCUAGAUAGGUACCUGGCCAUUUGCAAACCUCUGUAUUACUCAACCAUCAUGAACCCAAGGAUGUGUUUCCUUCUGGUCACUGCCUGCUUAUCUUUGGGAUUUGUCCUCAUGGUGGUUCCAAUUAUAAUGCUUUCCCAGUCAUCCUUCUGUGGCUCCCAUGUCAUCCCUCACUUCUUUUGUGAUUUUGGGCCACUGAUUCAUCUCUCUUGUUCUGACACCAGAUCUACUGAAAUGUUGGCCUUUAUCCUUGCUUUGUUUAUCCUUUUGACAUCCCUUAUCAUAACCAUCAUUGCAUACAGCAACAUAGUAGUCACAGUUGUGCGACUUCCAUCAGCCAAGGAGCGACAGAAAGCUUUCUCCACCUGCUCCUCUCACCUCAUUGUCCUCUCUCUGAUGUAUGGCAGCUGUGUCUUUAUAUACGUGAAACCAAAGCAAACAAACAGGCUGGACUCUAACAGGGAGGCUGCCCUUGUGAACACGGUGGUGACUCCGCUGCUGAACCCUGUCAUCUAUACUCUGCGGAACAAGCAGGUCCAUCAGGCUCUGAGGGAUGCUCUGUCCAGGGUUAGAUUGCAGAAAUAGAACCAUAGACUGUCAGAGGGAGAAUGCCUCUUCUCCAUCUAAUGCAAUCUCCAUCCUAUUUCUGGAAUCUCUUACAUAGUCUUGCAACUGUGUUUUUAAAGUUUCUGCUUGUUUAUUCUUAGAAUAAGGGCCAAUUUAUCUUAUAAUCCAAUGUACUCCACUACUUGAAAGCU